AUGUCCUCGUCAACCCGAUCCUCGAAGAAAUCCAGUUCCAGCUCGUCCAAGGUCUCGCGCAAGGCCUCUCCGGAGCAGCAGCCCCUGGUCAACGGCAACGGCAACGCCAGCGCCAAAUCCAGCAGCAAUGGCACCGCCGCCACGGCCGCUUCUUCUACUGCGGUAGUCGAGGAAGAGAAUAUUUUCGUCUUCUAUCCCAACAUUAUUGGCUACGUUCGCAUCGUCCUCGCCAUCGCUUCGCUCUACUACAUGCCGCUCCACCCGCGAACCUGCUCCCUCCUCUACAGCGUCUCCUGUCUCCUCGACGCCCUCGAUGGGUACGCCGCUCGCAUCUUCGACCAGUCGACACGCUUCGGCGCCGUGCUCGACAUGGUCACGGACAGGUGCACGACAUCCUGCCUCCUCAUGUUCCUGGCCUGCGCCUUCCCCCGCUGGACCAUCGUCUUCCAGCUCCUCAUCACCCUCGACUUUGCCAGCCACUACAUGCACAUGUACGCCUCGCUCACCAUGGGCGGCGCCGGCACCAGCCACAAGAAUGUCGAUAAGGAGCGCAACUGGAUGCUGAACCUCUACUACACCAACAAGACCGUCCUCUUCGUCUUCUGCGCCCUCAACGAGCUCUUCUUCAUCGCCUUGUACCUCCUCUCCUUCUCGUCGCCGCUCCUCUCUCCCUCUCUGCUCAAGAGCGUCGGCGAGACGGGCGCCGCGGCGCUCGAGCUUGCCCGGCGCCAACAAGGAUGGACUCGUUCUGGCCCUGGUCCUCAACCGGCGUCAGCUUUCCCCGUCAUGGCCGCCAAGCAGUUCAUCAACGUCGCCCAGCUCGUCAACGCGAGCAAGUGGCUCGGCCGAGGGCAACCUGCAGGUAAGGCGGAACAGGGCCUCCCCAAGAAGAAGAAGAGGCUUGAGUUAUGCUUGACGUGGCCCUGA